GUACUCUAAUUGGGCCAAGCCCAAUAUCACUAACACAACUAUGCAUUUUAACAGAUGUAUUGACAAAGCAGCUGUGGAAACAGAGAAAGACCAGAUAAAGGAGGCAGCAAUGGACCCAUGGAGGCUCUGCACCGUAACCCAGGUGGAGGAAUUCAAGGCAAUCAUCCGCCUGCUCCCCAUAUGGGCGACUGGGAUAGUGUCCGCUGCAAUGUACAGCCAAAUGGGCAACCUCUUUAUCCUCCAAGGGGACACAAUGGACAAGCGAUUGGGCCACUCCAAGUUCAAGAUCUCAGCAGCGAACGUCUCGGUGUUCGACACACUCAGCGUCAUCUUCUGGAUCCCAAUCUACGACAGGAUCAUCGUCCCGGCUGCCAGGAAAUUCACGGGCCACAAAAACGGGUUCACCCAGCUCCAACGAAUGGGAAUCGGGCUCGUCAUCUCGACCUUCUCCAUGGUCUGUCCGGCGAUCCUGGAGCUCAUCAGGCUGAGGAUGGUGAGGAAGCACAACUAUUACGACCUCGACUCGGUCCCCAUCUCCAUAUUCUGGCAGGUCCCGCAGUAUUUCCUGAUGGGCUGCGCUGAGGUGUUCACCAACAUUGGGCAGCUGGAGUUCUUCUACGAGCAGGCGCCUGAUGCAAUGCGGAGCUCGUGCUCGGCCCUUUCCUUGACGACUAUAGCGCUGGGGAGUUACCUGAGCUCCCUGCUGGUCACCAUUGUUACUGGUUUGACCACCAGAGGAGGGAAGCCUGGGUGGAUUCCUGAUAACUUGAACUAUGGACACGUGGAUUACUUCUUCUGGCUGCUGGCGGGUCUCAGCUUUGUCAACUUGGUGGCAUUUGUGGUAAUUGCUAGACGUUAUACCUACAAAAAGCCGGUGGGUACAUUGCGUUAGUAGCAAUUCUGUUUGCUUGUUUGUGAAAAAACGAAGGUGGUACCAGAACAAGUUUUCUCAAAAUUUCGAUUUUUAAUAGCUAUUAAUCCUCUUUUGCAGUCCGAUUUUGACACAUUGACAUUUCCAUGAUCCAUCGAAUAAUUGAUCAAAAUGAUCUCAUAGGUUUGAGCUAGUGAACCAUGAGACUGAGAAAUCAUUAACUAUUCAAACGAUUUUGAGCUAAUGAACCUAUUGACACUUCUAUCCUCAAGUUUUUCAUUUCGAUUCGAGUUAUUGAUCUCUUCCGUCUAUUUGGUACCUGGAUAUAUAUUAACAAAGGAAAAAUAAGGAAUGAAAGAGAAAUGACGCUAGUUCCCGACAUCGAUAGAAAUAGAAUGGAGAACAUAAGAGGAUUUUUAUAUUAGAGGGGCAUAGUAGUGUUAGGUCAGAAGGGUUGAGCGUGGUUCGAUGGGUAUUAGUUGGUUGGUUUAUGAUUUUUUAUUAUUUGUUUUUUACAUGGCAUGCUGACUGUAUUCAAUUAACUGAAUUUUUUAUGGGAUAAGUUCAGGUCCUUAAGUGAUUUUUAUUUGGCUGAAAGUAUAAUAGGUAGUUAAUAUUUGGUUAGUAUUGACCGAGUAGUUAUGGAUAAUUAGGGCAUUAAAGUAUUUUUAAAAUU